AUGAGGCAAACAGUCGUGAGCCAAUCAAGCACGACCCAAUCAAGCACAAGUCAGCCAGGCCUGAGUCAAUCAGGCAUGAGUCAACUGCAACCAGACCCAAGCCAAUCCAGCAUGAGUGAACCAGGUAUGAGGCAACCAUGCCCAAGCCAAUCCAGCACGAAUCAACAAGGCAUGAGGCAACCAGGCCUGAGCCAAUCAAUCAUGAGUCAGCCAGGCAUGAGGCAACCAUGCCCGAGCCAAUCCAGCACAAGUCAACCAGGCCCAAGCCAAUCAGGCACAAGCCAAACAUGCAUGAGCCAAACAGAUGUACUCAGGGGUGGCUUUGGGGACAAUCCCCUUUUCUACUGCUUGAUUGCAGAAGUACACAAUCAUCAAAAACCAUCAGGCAAAGUGACUGUUGGGUUUGCCAUGUACUACUUUACAUACGACCCCUGGAUUGGCAAGUUACUUUACCUAGAGGACUUCUAUGUCAUACAAGCUUACUGAGGUCUAGGUAUUGGAGCUGAAAUGCUGAAGAGGCUAAGUCAGGCUUCUACUGACUACUACACUCGUCGAGGGGCUUUAGACCUUUCCUCCGAGGAGGGCAGGCAUCUGUUCAGGUUUAACAGAGAAGAACUCAUGGGCAUGGCAGGGGAAGAGUGA